AAAGUUUUCAAGAUAAACAAGGUGAAGAUUUAUUAGAUUAUGUAAAUAAUGCUUUAAAUUGCCGACAGCAUAAAAAGGAUAAAUUUUGCUGUUUUCAAAGCAAGUAUGGAGAAGAUAUUUUUCAGAGACUUCAAAUUAAUAAUCCCUCUACUCUAAAACGGAUUAUCGAUAAAUUAACCCCUCUCCAAUUAAUUAGUAUUGAUAUUGAUGUUAAAGGAGAAGCUUUUGAAUUUUUUUUAAAAGAAGCAAUUAAAGGUCAAAAAAAAGACCUAGGGCAAUAUUUUACUCCUCGCCAUAUCGUAAAUUUUUUGGUAAAAUUAGCCGAUCCCAAACCUCAUGAAACUGUUUAUGACCCUUUUUGUGGCACUGGGGGAAUUCUAAUCAAA